CUCUCUGAGUAACACUGUAAACCACCAACGCGCAUGCGCAGGACAGUGCGGCAGUGAGCUAGCGCCCACCCCUCUCCGCUGACGUUGUGGUCAUGUGGUGUGUGAGUGCGUCGACGCUGCAUCUGCACUGCGCAGGCGCAGAUUUUUGAACGCUGCUGCGGGCGGGAUACGGUGAAUCGGUUCGGGGAUCAUAGCGAUUGACUGAGGGACUGACUGCUGCCGUCGCUGCUCAGACCUGUGUGACUGCUGUAAUAAUAAGCACCGAGGGGCGAGUUACAGCCAUGACCGUGGAGAAGAAAGGGCUCCAGAUAAAGGAGGUCUUUGACCUGUCUCAGAAGCCGCACCAGAAUCAUGCCAAGCUGGUCUCUGCCCUCAGGGUCACCUACGAUAAGAUUGAGGAUAAAUCCAUUUUCCUGGAAGAAUUUAUUCACUACUUGAAGUACCCUUUAAUAAUUUACAGGAGAGAGCCCGCCGUGGAAAGGGUUAUGGAUUUUGUGGCCAAGUUUGUAGCUUCUUUCCACAAUUCUGAUAGUGAGGAGGAAGAUGAAAUGGAUGAAGAAAAUUCCCCUGUUAAUUACCUAUUUAAUUUCCUUCUACAGUCUCACACUGCUAAUAGCAUGGCAGUGAGGUUCAGGGUUUGCCAGCUUAUUUAUAAGCUAUUGGUAAACCUGCCAGAAAACGCUCAGAUCGAUGAUGAUUUGUUUGAUAAGAUCCAUGAUGCCAUGCUGAUACGGGUGACAGACCGAGUGCCCAAUGUGCGGAUCCAAGCAGUGCUGGCUCUGGCUAGGCUUCAGGACCCGAGUGAUGUAAAUUGUCCUGUUUCCAAUGCAUACAUGCACUUGCUGGAAAAUGACUUGAAUGCAGAAGUGCGGAGAGCGGUGUUAUCUUGUAUUGCUCCUUCUGCCAGAACCUUGCCAAAAAUUGUGGGUCGCACCAUGGACGUGAAGGAACUUGUGCGGAAGCUUGCAUACCAGGUUUUGGCGGAAAAGGUUCACAUAAGAGCAUUAAGCAUUGCUCAAAGAGUGAAACUCUUGCAACAAGGCUUAAAUGACAGAUCAGUGGCGGUGAAAGAAAUUAUGCAGAAGAAGCUGCUGCAAUCAUGGCUCAAAUAUACGGAGGGAAACAUCUUGGAGCUGCUGCAUCGCCUGGAUGUAGAGAAUUCUCCGGAAGUUGCUGUCUCUGCACUAAAUGCAAUGUUCUCUCUCUCUUCUCUCAGUGAGCUGGUGGAUAAGUGCAAAAACAUUGAUGAAAGGAAACUGAUCUCCUUGGACACUCUGAGCCCAGAAAAUGUUUUGUAUUGGAAAACACUGUGUGAAUACUUAAAGUCAAAAGGUGAUGAGGGGGAGGCUGCCCUAGAGCAGAUUUUGCCAGAGCCAGCCGUCUAUGUGGAGUAUCUGUUGAGUUAUCUACGGACUCUCCCAGUUCUCACGGAAGAAGAGAAAACGGACAUGGUCAAAAUUGAAGAGCUGAUGACUAAAGCAUUCAUAGGGCAGCAGCUGAUUUAUAUCAUAGGCUGCCUGGAUACCAGCGAAGAGGGAGGAAGGAAACGUCUUCUUGCUGUCUUACAAGAAAUACUCAUCAUGCCUAAUGUUCCAACAUCCUUUAUAUCCUCUCUGGUGGAAAUUCUGCUCAGUAUUCUCAAAGACGACGACCGCAAAAUUUUAUGUGUAGCAGAAAUAAUUUCGGAACUGCGAGAGCCAAUCAUCACUGUAGAUAAGCCUCCAGACCUUGUGGAAUCUAGGAAAUUGCAAGUAAAGAUUGCCGAUGUAAAAGUGCAGCUCAUUGAAGCCAAACAGGAGUUGGAAGAUUCCAUAAAUGCUCAGGACUUCAGUCGCGCCUCUGAAUUGAAGGAAAGAGUGACAGAGCUAGAAAACUUAAAAACGCAGUUGAUUAAAGAAGCAGAAGAGCCAGAACUUAAAGAAAUCAGAGUGGAAAAGAAUGACCCUGAAACUCUUCUGAAGUGCCUAACUAUGUGCAAUGAACUCCUAAAGCACAUUUCCAUGUCUAAGGGACUGGGAGGAACACUGAACGAAAUUACUGAAUCACUGAUCCUUCCUGGCAUAACUAAUGUUCAUCCCUCUGUAAGAAACAUGGCAGUCUUGUGCAUUGGAUGCUGUGCGCUACAGAACAAAGACUUCGCCAAACGACACUUAACUUUGCUUUUACAAAUUGCACACCUCGAUGAGGUGAAAGUGAGAACCAGUGCCCUGAACGCAGUUUUUGAUCUCCUCUUGCUGUUUGGACUCGAAAUCUUAAAGCCCAGCACAGAUGGCCCUGAAGAUCCACCAAACAAGCCUGAUGAGAACACAAAUGACCCAUCUGAGAGCACCUCUGAGAUGGGGCAACCAGACUCGCCAGCCAGUAAGACUAAUGACGAUGAUGCUGAAGUAAAAGCAGAGAUGUCAGCCAUGAAUUCCAUCUUGAAGCUGUUCUCCGACUUCCUGGAGAGUGAGAUUCCAGAAAUAAGGACAGAGACUGCUGAAGGACUGGCCAAGCUUAUGUUCUCGGGAAGGCUGAUCAGUGCCAAGCUCCUUUCUCGCUUGGUUCUCCUAUGGUACAAUCCGGUGACUGAGGAGGACACAAAGCUGCGGCACUGUCUGGGGGUCUUCUUCCCUAUAUUUGCAUAUUCUAGCCGUACAAAUCAGGAGUGCUUUGAAGAAGCUUUCUUUCCCACGCUUCAAACGCUAUUCAACGCACCAGCCUCCUCUCCACUGGCCAACGUCGAUGUCGCAAAUGUUGCAGAGUUACUGGUCGAUCUUACCAGACCAAGUGGAUUAAAAUCGCAACAGAAACUGGACUAUCAGGUUUCUACAGUGCAUGACAGCCUGGCUUUAAAAAUGUGCAAUGAAAUAAUAAAAGACCCCAAGUCUCCGGAUGUACGUCUCUAUGCCAAAUCCUUGUGUUCUCUGGAGUUGUCAACAGAUUUUUCUAAGGAUCUGCUGCCCAUUUUGGAUGUCGCUCUAGAGGACAUUACGGAUAAAGUGUGUCAAAGGGCGAUAGAGAAAGUCAAGAUGCAAUUAAACAGAAUGGUUCCAAAGGAGGCCAGCUCAGUCACACAGACAUCCACGUGUACAGCUAAUGAGAAAGAUAAUGGGGAAGGAAAACAAAAUGAGGAAAUUGAUGAUGUGUUUGAAGAACAAAAUCUUGAUGCCUCAAAACUAAAGUCUGUAAAAGGAAAAUCUACCAAAGGUCGCAAAAAAGCAUGUUCUGCAAGCAGCAGGAACAAGAGCAGCCGGUCUGCGCAUCAGGUGGAAGCAGAAGGGGAAAAAGAGGAAGCAGAGGCUGUCCCAGUCUCUACACGGCCAUCGAGGAGAGCUAAAAGCCUAGCCAUUGAGAAAACAAAAAUGAAUCUCUCCAAGCUUUUGAAUGAAGAAGCAAAUGCCAAAUAAUGCAGCUUUGUUUGCAAUAUCCAUGAUCCAUAUGGAAUGGCUAAAUGUAACAGCGACACUGCAGAGAUAAUGUAUGUAGGGCGAUAAUAAAGUGACAUGUUCUGUUUG